AUGAAAGUCGCCUGCCUGCAGUACGCGCCCGAGGUGGGCCAGCUGCACACCAACAUGGCCAAGGCCAACGUGCUCAUCGACGACGCCAUCGGCGAGGGCCGCACCGUGGGGCUGGACUGGCUGCUGCUGCCGGAGCUGGCGCUGACGGGCUACAACUUCCCCUCGCUCGACGCCAUCGCGCCCUUCCUCGAGCCGACGGCCGCGGGGCCCUCGACCAAGUGGGCCGUCGACGUCGCCACCCGCCUGCGCUGCCACGUUACCGUCGGCUACCCGGAGGCUGCCGCCGACGGCCGCCGCUACAACUCGACCGUCACCGUCUCGCCCGCCGGCGACGUGCUGGCCAACUACCGCAAGGCCUUUCUCUACUACACCGACGAGACGUGGGCACAUGAGGGUGACCGCGGUUUCUUCUCGGGCACCCUGGGGACGCUGGGUCAGGUGUCGAUGGGCAUCUGCAUGGACAUCAACCCGCACAGGUUCCUCGCGCCGUGGGACGCGUACGAGUUCGCGCGCGCCGCCCUGGCCGCUAACUCGCCCAUCGUCGCGCUCAACAUGGCCUGGCUGACGCGCCUGACGCCCGAGGAGCUGGCCGAGCGCAGCGCCGAGCCCGACAACGAGACCAUCGCCUACUGGCUGGAGCGCUUCCACCCGCUCGCCGACUUCAGCAACCGCCCCGAGUCCGCCCCGCCCGUCGUCCUCAUCCUGGCCAACCGCUGCGGCGUCGAGGGCGGCGCCGUCUACGCCGGCACCAGCACCGUCGUCAAGCUCGACCGCGGCAGCACCCAGAUCUUCGAAAUCCUGGGCAGGGGCGAGGAGAACCUGUUGGUCGUGGAUUUGAACGAUGCACCGAAGUAUGCCGUGUACACUAAACGGGGAUCGGCAAAUUCGUGA